GCGCGCGUGUCCCUGCGCCCUCCCCUCCUCGCCCGUGCGCCUCCCUCACUGCAUCCGACAGCGUCCCUCCCUCUUUCUCUCCUCCUCCUCCUCCUUGUCCUUCUCUCAUUAGGCUUCUCCACCGGCAGAACACCGACAAGCUCCAGGCCCCCCCUCCCCCCGCCCCCCCACCGCCCGCCCGCCCGGUCGGUCCCCCUCCCGUGACCGGAGAACAAACGCGGAGCAGCCGAGAGAGCAGGAUUCACCUGCGCACCCCAUCUAUGGUCCUCCCCUGGAUGUCCGCCUGCCAGGAAGGAUUGGUGUUACUCUACUGACAAGAGAGUGAGGCCACGAGUCCGGAGGUGACGAGAGCGAGAUAGGAGGCCUCCCAACAGCAGGGGGCAGCAGCAAGCAUGCAGGACUCAGCCUCGGACGGCAAGAUGGCCAAACAGGAACACAACUCCAAGCAUCUUGAUGAACCCAGAGAAACCGACGACAUGUCAGAGAAGACGUCUCCAAACAAGAACCUCAAGUCUCCCCAGAAAGGCUCCAAACGACUGAAAACUGCCCCCUUCAAAAUGACCCUGCUGGACUCCUCCGAGUUUGAAGGCGAAAUUGAGAAACACUCCAAAGGACAGACCCUGAUGGACAUGGUGUGUGAGCACCUCAACUUGCUGGAGAAGGACUACUUUGCCCUGACCUUUGCCGACGCGGACACCCAGAAGAACUGGUUGGACCCCUCCAAGGAGAUCAAGAAGCAGAUGCGCAACUCUCCAUGGCACUUUGCCUUUUCUGUCAAGUUCUACCCUCCAGACCCCUCGCAGCUCACCGAGGACAUCACCAGGUACUACCUGUGUCUGCAGCUGAGGGAUGACAUGCUGUCCGGGCGGCUGCCGUGCUCGUUCGUCACUCACGCCCUCCUGGGCUCCUACAGCGUCCAGGCCGAGCUGGGCGACUACGACCAGGACGACCACGGCGCCGACUACGUCAGCGAUUUCCGCUUCGCCCCCAAUCAGACUCGCGAGCUGGAGGAGCGGGUGAUGGAGCUCCACCGAAACUACAAGGGGAUGACUCCAGCAGAGGCUGAAAUUAACUUCCUGGAGAACGCAAAGAAACUGUCCAUGUACGGAGUGGACCUCCAUCAUGCUAAGGACUCUGAAGGGAUUGACAUCAUGCUGGGUGUCUGUGCCAACGGCCUGCUGAUCUACCGCGACAGACUGAGGAUCAACCGGUUUGCCUGGCCAAAGAUCCUUAAGAUCUCCUAUAAGAGGAGCAACUUCUACAUCAAGAUACGGCCCGGAGAGUAUGAGCAGUUUGAAAGCACAAUCGGUUUUAAGCUUCCAAACCACAGAGCUGCCAAGAGGCUGUGGAAGGUCUGCAUCGAGCAUCACACCUUCUUCAGGCUGGUGUCUCCAGAGCCUCCUCCCAAAGGGUUCUUGGUGAUGGGAUCAAAGUUUCGAUACAGCGGAAGGACGCAAGCUCAAACCAGACAGGCCAGCGCUCUUAUAGACCGGCCCGCUCCGCACUUUGAGCGUUCCACCAGCAAGAGGUACCUGCUCUCCAGGAGCUUGGACGGAGCAGAGUUCACGCGGCCGGUUUCAGGCACGUGCGAGAACCACGACGGCCUGUCCCACCGGAGCGCCGGUGAACAGCGGCGCCUCCACAGCUUCUCCGUGGACGAGCAGGAGACCGAGCUGGAGCCCAGUUUGGAGCUGGACGAGGAGGACAGGGACCAGGAGCGGGGCGAGGACACGGGACAAGACUACGACGGCGACGUCACUCCAAGCAGAAAGAAGGAGAUCAUGGAGGAGGCUGGCUCACCAGUCGACAGUAAACAGGAGUCGGACCAGGAGGCCACUCCUCGGCACAAACGGGAGUUCCUGGACAAGUCGAAGGACGUCAUGCUGAAGCACCAGGCCAGCAUCAACGAGCUGAAGAGAACCCUCAGGGAGCCCAGCAGCAAGCUGUCGAACCGCGAGAAGCGUCUGUCCUCCGCCUCCCCGAAUGGCACGCCGGAGAAGAAGGCUUCGGCGCUUCAGGACCCUGUUAACAAUCUGUCUGUUGAGGGGUUUGUCCAGAAGACAAUGGCGGCUUCGCCUGAGGGCUCUGAGGAGUGGGUAUUGAUUGAAAAACAAGAAACGUAUCAGCAGGACCAUGACUGGAGGACAGAAGACAAGAACCUCUUGGUAGCAUGUGAAUCGUCAUGGGAGAAAAGGGAGCUGGAGAGAGAGAUAGACAUAGCCAAGAUGAUACACAAAGAUGUAACAGGGUAUGACAGAAAAGAAAUGAAAAGCCAUAACGAUGAUUUUACAUCAAUAGAUUCGCCCAGAGAGGCAGGCGAGUACUCUGAGCCACGGGCGGCUAACAGAAGUCGUUUCGUGAUUCAAUUGACAAAGAAUUCAGAUUCCUUUCAAGACAAAUCUCAAAGCAAACCAUCUCACGCCUCGACCCCCGAGGCAAACGUUGAUGCGCCCGCCGCCUCCCGGCAGGUGAAGGACCGCGCGGCUUCCAAACCACGCAAAAAGAGGAGACCCCAGAGCUUAAACCUGGGGAGGCCUGCCGACCUCAUCUACGCAAAAGGAAGCGGCGAUUCCACUGAAGAGAACGAGGGUUCAGAGUCCGACAAAAGCCCGGAAGAAAACUCAAAAAUUCCAUGUGAUUCAUCAUCUUCAGAGAAGGUGAAAGAUGAUGAGCGUUUAAGAAAGGAUCAUUCGAUCAAGGUCUUUAAAGAAGAGGAUACGUCGAUAGGUGAGAGCAGGGUGGUCACCACUCUAGAAACAGAGCGGGCGAAGAGAACAGCGAGCCAGGUUGAGCCCGCCGAUGUGGAUUCAGACUCAGUGAACGGACUCGUCAAGAUAGAACGCGAUAGUUCGUCUGUGGCCGUCAAGGUGGACAGUGCGAAGAAGGUGCAAGGACGGGGCCUCAUCGACAACAGAGAGCUAGCCGAGGUUAAGCUGCGACAGGUGCGGACGCACGAGAGGAAGGUCAGCGGUUCCGGGGGGGAGGACGCGGAGGGUUUCACGGGGGGACAGAGGACACUCGUCCACCGUCUCACCGGCAGCAGCUGCCAGUCGGAGAUCUCCAGGAUCGUCCCUCUCAAGCCAGAGCGGUCCAAAAGCGUAGCGAGUAAGGACGAAAGGGACGGCCCGGGACAGGACGAGCUCGCGUGGGCCCACCGGAGAGACUACCGCUGGUCGGUGGGCUCUCCAGAGGGAUCCUCGGACCUCUCCUGGGCAGAGGCCGGUGCCGCCGGCCCCCGUCCGGCGUUUGCGGAAGAUCUGGAGGGUCUCGCCAAAACGGAUCGUCCCGAUGGUGGUCACCAGUCCGCGAGAAGACCCGCCGAGGGUCAGUCGUUCGGGUCUAAGGUCUUGCCGCUUUCCAAAACGGCUCCUCCGGCCCCGCCUGUGAAAACACAGAAGGCCCGGGAGUCUGGGCUGAUGCUGCGGAACAGCCGAAAUGCCAACAGGGAGCCAAGCCGGGACGCGGCGGCCAAGAAGAGACACUCGGAGCCGCUCUCCACUCCCGCCAUUUAUGAAGCGCCGUUUGCUGAUUUCAAGAAGGAGCUCGGGGACAGGAGGCCUCAGCCUCGCCUCGCCUCCGAGGAGGAGGAGGAGGAGGAGGAGCAGGAGCGCGACACUCUGGCCUGCAUGAGAGAAACCCAGCUGGGCAUCGAGCGCAAGUGCUCCAGCAUGACGGUCAGCUCCACGUCCAGCCUGGAGGCCGAGGUCGACUUCACCGUGGUCAUGGACCUCCACUCCGGCUCCGAGGACUUCUCCAGGUGCAUGUCGGAGAUGGGAGGGAGGGAGCGACAGCCCGAGGUGGGCCGGGAGGACUUUGAGGAGACCUCCCGGUUCUACUCUGCCCGUCUGAUGGGCUCCCGGGACAAGUUUCCCAUGGAGGAGAAGCUUGCCGAGGAAGGAGCGCACCAUGAGCCUCCCGUGGCAAAGAAGGAAGCCAGCGCUGUGAGCAUGGCCCACAUGCUGAAGAGGGCCGACUCCAAGGCGGAGACGCAUACGAAUGGGUCGGAGGUCAAGCCCGCCGGCGCCAAUGUCUCCUCUCAGAACUUCAGAGUUGUCGGCCCACGUGAAGCUCCGGCUGUCCUUAAAGAAAACGGCUCCCCUGUAAAGGCCGGAUCCCAGGGGAGGGAGUCUGUCGUGUCCCCGCUGACCAUCACCGCUGACAGCGUCACCUCAGCAACCACAACUCAAGUUACCAAGACGGUGAAAGGAGGCUUCUCAGAGACCAGAAUCGAGAAGAGGAUCAUAAUCACAGGAGACGAGGACGUGGACCAACAUCAGGCGCUCGCCAUGGCGAUCCAAGAGGCCAAACAGCAGCACCCCGACAUGCUGGUGACAAAAGCCGUGGUCAUCAGGGAAAGCGAGUCUCCGACGGAGGAGCUGCAGCAGCAGGCAGAGUCCUGAUUGGCCGUGGUGGCUGCUGAGACGAGGGAGGGGGGCGGGAGAGCAUCCAACAGACGAGCGCCUUCCGGUCUGACCCUCCCCUCCCGCAGUACGCCCCCCCCCCCCCCAAGACUCUCUGUGAAAACACUGGAACAAGAACGGACUCACUUCCAUGAAGCAGUAGACCUCCACAACCAGCUCUGACUCUCGCCCCCCUCCUCCCACACACACACACACACACACACACACACACAUCUGUCCUGGGCCCAUUGGGUCAGGUGGUCUGAAUCCCUCCCCGUAAGGGUCCUGGAUGAACAAGGUAUAAGAGUGGGGUGGGG